AGCCAGCACCACCCACACCCGUGGAGAGCUCCACGUCCCCGGUCUAAGCCCCCAAAUUUCGCCCACGAGCCACUGCAUAUCAAUCACGAACGGGGUAUAUAUCGCCUCGCCUCGGGGAAAGGCCGCGUGCGGCCUUGCAGUGCUGAAACCUUUUCAUGUCGCUGUCAUUGCUGCCAGUUCGCCGCUCCAUGGACAAUUCAGACGGCUCGAGCAAUUCUCCAGAUACUUUCCCGGACAGUCGAAGCGAGAGCCAGAGUGCUCCUCCGCUGCCCCGCAAGCCUAUCCCUAGAAAGGGACAUACCAAAUCAAGACGCGGAUGUUUUAAUUGCAAAAGACGUAGAAUCAAGUGCAAUGAAAGACAUCCAGAAUGCAACCACUGCAUCAAGGCAGGGCUGCGAUGCGAAUAUCCUGCGAACAUUAUUCAAACCACACAGAGAUCGCCGACGUCCCAGAGUCCGCAAGAGAUGGUGAACCUGCGUUCGACGCCAGGCACAUUCACCAUGUCCGAUAUGCGAUUAUUCCAUCACUUUCUGAUCACAGCAUAUCCCCAUCUGCCAGUGGGCGCUGACAAGAUCUGGAUAACGGUGAUCCCCAGCUUUGCGCACAACUACGAAUACCUCAUCCAUUCGAUCCUUGCAUUGGCUGCAUCACAUCUGGACGCGGUAUCAAAUGCCAAUGUCGCCGAAGAAGCGAUAUCGCAUCGAAUUCUUGCAGUCAAGUCCCUGAACGAAGCACUAUCGGUACCGCCGGCAUCGAAGUGUGAGCGCGACGCAAGGAUGGCGGCGGCGCUUGCGCUUGCCUUUCAGUCGAGUCAUCUUCAAGAUGGACUUUUCGAAUUCUUGACAAUGGUUAGAGGAUGUAACCUGAUUGCUAUGGACGAAUCGCUGGCGAACAGAGAUUCGGCUUUCCACGCCUUUCGAGAGGAUGGCCACCUCGCCACGAUGAAGAACCGCCUUGCAUCGUCGCAAAUGAACUCGGUAAACCGGGAGGAUCUCGACCUGGCCGCGAUGUCGCUUCAGGGUAUCGAACUGCUCAACAUGAGCGACUUUGAGAAAUCUUUCUGGGACAUCUUGGUCAGAACAGUAGACAGCGCUUACGAUAGGCCCGUCGAAGCGUAUACGACUUUUGUCCUGCUUUACAACAUACCGUCGAGGUGGUCGCACGACGAGUUCCAGUCGUUCAUCGAUCCGAACAACAAAGUCGCUCAGAUUCUGCUAGCACACUUCAUCGCCAUCCAGGCUGUGCUCACACCGAUAUUGAUCCUUGAGCGAGUGGGUUUCCAGGGCGUCGACGCUCCGACAGCGGUCUUGGGGUGGAUCGAGGGCGUUUAUAAGAAUGUGCCACAGAGCUUGAGGCAUCACGUUGAAUGGCCGAGACAGGUUUCGCGGUAUCCGUUCAUGCGGUUCAUGGGACAGAGGCAGAUAGAGUACUAUGAGUAGGCCUCCGGGGCUGGGGGUGGGAGUCACAAAGAAGCGCGAAAAACGGGGGCGUUGCCUCCAACCUGGAUGUGUCAGCAAAGGACCCUGAAGAAGGAUGGGCAUACUUGGUAGUGAUGGUAAGAAUAGAGGAGCAUGUUGCAUGCAUGGGCUGACGGAAAAGGCGUUCUAUGAUACCCGUGGCUGGCUAAAGGCCACGCCACUGCAUUCGCUUAGACACUCGCUGGCAGUCAACUGUAAAUAGAGUACGACUAGCGCAGAAAGAGAAAGGAAAGCUGAAGAAG